UUUCUUAGCCGCGUGGUGGUGCCAGACUCCUCUCCGGUCCGGUCCAGAGCGGGGGAGGCCGGCAGACCGCCACGACCCGAACCACCCCCUCCCGUCGCCGUCCCCGGCCCCGGCCACCUGCCCGCGCCCUCCACCGCUCCUCCUACAAGAACUCCCCUCGCCUGCCUGCGCUGCCAGCCUGCGCCGUGCGAGUCAACCUCUCCUCUCCUCUCCAUCCCUCCUGGGGAUCUCGCGCGCUCCUUCCGGAAUCAGGCGCCGGCGGUUGACAUGGACGUGGAGGCGGUCGCUGCGGCCGGUGGCGCCGGGCUGACCGGGUGGCAGGCGGCGGCGCUGUCGGGCGCGGCGGGCUGGGUGUGGGCGGCCUCCCACUACGACCUCACGCGCCGGGCGCGCGCGCUGGCGCAGCCCUGGGUCACCCGCCGCGUCCACGCCGAGACGCCCGACAUCAUCACCUUCCAGAGGCUGCAGCACAGGUUGCUGGACAACUUCUUCUCGGUGCUGUCAUGCGUUGUCUCUGUCCCUUUCUACACGGGAUUCCUCCCGCUCCUCUUCUGGAGUGGACAUGGCAAGUUGGCUAGGCAAAUGACCCUGCUGCUGGCAUUCUGCGAUUACCUGGGCAACGCUGUCAAGGAUCUAGUGUCAGCUCCUCGGCCGUGCUCCCCUCCUGUGAGGAGAGUCACAGCUACCGAAGAUGAGAAGGAAAAUGCCAUGGAAUAUGGACUGCCUUCGUCACACGCCCUCAAUACCGUUUGUUUGAUGGGAUAUAUGUUGCACUAUGUCCUCACAUAUGGACCAUGUAAUGGUUUUAUGAUUGCCACGGGUCUUUCUCUAGCUUUCUUGCUCGUUACGUUAAUUGGCAUUGCGAGGGUAUACCUAGGCAUGCACAGCUUGACCGAUGUUAUCGCUGGGAUCUCUUUUGGCAUCGUGAUCCUUGCAUUCUGGUUGGUUGUCCAUGAUCAUGUUGAUGCCUUUGUCGUCUCUGGCCAAAACGUUACAUUCUUCUGGGCAAGCCUUGCCCUAGUGCUCUGCUUUGCAUAUCCAAAGCCAGAGUUCCCAACUCCUAGCUUUGAAUUCCACACAGCAUUCAACGGGGUCGCUUUCGGAAUUGUCUAUGGCGUCCAGCAGACAUACACCCGUUUCCACGGCCCCGACGCGCCCCUCAUUCUGAGCCAUCAACUACCUCUCCUCGCGUACGCCGGGAGGGUCCUGGUGGGCAUCCCGACCAUCCUAGCCGUGAAGUCCUGCAGCAAGGCGCUCUCGAAAUGGCUCCUGCCGGUCAUGUGCAGUACCCUGGGGAUCCCGAUCGUCUCGUCCUGCUACGUGCCCACUCUGAAGCCGUCAAACAGCAGCUCGGGCAACAAGCCGGACGAUGCAAAGCUGGCCGGCGGGUACCUCCAGAGGGUGUUCUCCCUCUUCCCGCAGAAGGCAUACGACGUGGACACGGGCAUCAGGUUCGUGCAGUACGCCGGGCUCGCGUGGUCGGUGGUCGACCUGGUGCCGGUGAUCUUCACGCACCUCAACCUGUGAAGCCGAUCGAAUUAGCGGAUCAAGGUUAGCGGCAUUUUGUUCAUUUCUUGGGAGGACGGCUGAUGAUCCCUCCUCCAUGUGUAGCAGGCAGGCUGUGGAUCCAUUGACCUCGGCCUCAUUUUUGUGUUGUAUGUUUGUCUGUCUAGCACGUCCUCUACGGGGGUGUUUUCUCUUUUGUACAGUUGUCCAGAGUAGCAACGAGGGAAGUGUACACGUGUUGACCUGUAUUUUUGCUUGAUGAUGGGUACAGUUACUGACUGACUGCCAUGUGCGCCAUUAGUGCUUAGAACUGAAUCCUGACUCCAGAUAUAACUGCAGCAAAUACAGAGUAUGCUUCCUUAUCGCGAAAA